AGCGGCAGAUGCGCGGUGAUACAGUGAUACAGCCCACCCCCGCCUCUGGACCUCGCCACCCACCGGGCGGCCGGUCCUCUCCACCCCUGACACGAUUGAGGGCGUUCCGACGUCCCGACGGGCCGUCAGUCGCGACACGGGGACAACAAAUGCAAGACCACGCGAGCGGCAGCGCCUCGGGCCCGAGCUGCGGCGAAGCGCGUGAGCCGCGACGACAGCGGGGCGGCGGCGGCGCGGGCCCCUCCGAGGAGGCCGGCGGUGAGGAGGAAAUCGCCCUGCACGCCGCGGCCGCCGCGGUCCUCGCGGAGGGGGGGCUCCGGGCCGGCGAGCACCGAGCCCGCCAGGGUAAGCUCGUUGACCUCUGCGUGUUCGGCUGCCUCGGCCUCGCCCUGCUCGGCGCCCUGACGUUCGCGGUCGUGACCAUCGUCAUCACCCUCUGCCGCGCCUUCAACGAGAGCGGCACCUACCCGGCCAGCGCCCGCGCGCUGUUCGCGCCCAUCAGCCGGCCCAGGGCGCCCAACGCCGUCCUCUGGAAGAGCGACGAUCUCGGCGACGACUAGGGGAUGGCGGCUCCGCAGCCUGGCAAGAUUAUGGCGAAAAGGGCGGAGUUCGCGUUAACGGAGCCGUGGCGGGGCGGCGACAAUGGCGCAUGCAGCAGCAGCGCGGCCGGCCCCUCGAGCACUCCCCGACGACCCUCGUCCCAGCACCACCAGGAGCCACCACCGCGGACCGUCGCGCCCCUCGCCAGGAUGCCGCCGUCGUACACGUACGCCCCCAAGCGCCUGCAGACCCGCCGCACCAACAGCUGGCCCGUGGGGCUCGGGGCGCCCAACAGCCCCGAGGGCACGCCGGUCCGCCUGGCCCGCCAGGCCCGCCUGGCCAGCCUGGCCCGCGAGGCCCGCAAGGCCCACGAGGCCCGUCGCAAGGCUCGCGGCGAGGGCUUCUGCCUGUCGGGCUUCCUCGGGGCGGCGCGAUGCUGGCUGCGGCGGGCGGCCGUCCGCGUCACGCUCCUCUGCUGCGGCGCCGAGGCCGCCGGCUACAAGCCCCCCAUGCGGAGGGUCUCGCUGCGCUCCGGGCUCGGGUGCUGCGGCACGAUCGGGGGCUCCCCACCCCGCGAGGUCUUUGUUUGA